UAUUCGUGUUGAAUUAGCCUUUUGUUAUUCAAUCUCUUGUUCUCUCGGAGGCGCGCGCACGCAUAAGAACCAUGAGCCCUCUGGUUUGAUAUGAAAUUUGAUUCCAUUUUGAAGGUAAAGCAAGUGAGCUACCCCAUAUUCACCAAUUCCAAGAGGGGCCUAAACGAUGGCUGCAAUUCAUUCUUCCAUUUCUUUGAUUGAUGUUCAUCAGUUCAUAUUCUCCUCCCACCAUUGAAGCAAAGCUAAAGCAGGCUUCAAUUCUUUCCACUUUUCUAUCUCUUUUUGCACUUCUCUUUGUGGGAAUCUGUGAUUUUGGGUUCUUUGUUUUUUGGGUUUUUUUCGAUUUCUGUGAUUUCUUUGAGAUCUGCUUCAAAAUGGGUUUCUCCCUUUGUACUUGUUCUAACCCAAGGGGAUCCCCUCUUGCGUUAGAUCAUCACCAUUGUCAGUAUAAUGAGGUAAACAUUAGAACCCUUUUGAGAAAAAUGAUUUGGGAACGUGGGUUUGCGUGUAUUCUUCCUCCUGCUCGUUUUCGCCGCAAGAAUCAGGGGAUUCAAGAUGAUGAACACCCAAAUGUAGAAGGAAAAAACGAGAAUCUAGAGCAUAAUAACGCAUGGUUGCUAGCGGAAUCUGGUGGUUGCGGUGGGGAGUUGUUUAAUUCUGAUCCUCAGUCGGUUCAUUCAUCUUUUCGAUUCAGUUUUUGCUCUCAGAUUGAGCUUGAAACUAUGAACAUCGCUUCUUCUACACCUCCGGCGACUGUUUUGAUGGUGAAUUUAGAUAAUGGAAUGAUGGCUGAAGCUCUCAACAAAGAAUUAAAAUGGCGGAGGAUUGAAUCGCUUGAAAAGAGCAUUUCCCCUGUGGCUCAUACCUUGAUUAGAUUCAGCUUCCGGGAAAUUCUUUCUGCAACACGUAAUUUCUCAACAGGCAGAGUUCUUGGAAGAGGGGCAUUGAGCUGCGUGUUCAGAGGGAGGGUUGGGUUUUUGAGAACUUCUGUGGCCAUCAAACGUUUAGACAAGGAAGAUAAAGAAUCAACGAAGGCAUUCUGCAGAGAGUUGAUGAUUGCUAGCUCUCUUCAGAAUCCAUUUAUAGUUCCUCUUGUUGGGUUCUGCAUAGAUCCAGAAGAGGGUUUGUUUUUGGUUUAUAAAUAUGUUUCUGGUGGAAGUUUAGAAAGACAUUUGCAUGAUAAGAAGAAGAGGGGAGUGAGGGGUGGCUUGUCACUUCCUUGGUCGGUGAGAUUCAAGAUUGGUAUUGGAAUUGCUGAGGCUGUAGCAUAUCUUCACAAUGGGACUGAAAGAUGUGUGGUUCAUAGAGACAUUAAGCCUUCAAAUAUCCUUCUUUCAUCCAAGAAUAUGCCAAAGUUAUGUGAUUUUGGGUUAGCAACAUGGACUUCUGCUCCAUUCGUGCCUUUCCUUUGCAAAACUGUCAAAGGAACAUUUGGUUACCUAGCUCCAGAGUAUUUCCAGCACGGGAAAGUAUCAGAUAAAACAGAUGUCUACGCUCUAGGAGUCGUGUUAUUGGAACUCAUAACGGGCAGGAAACCGAUCGAAGCAAGAACACAUGGAGAGGAGAACUUGGUUCUAUGGGCAAAGCCAUUAUUGCAGAAAGGGAAAGCAGCGAUUACCGAGCUGCUCGAUCCACUGGUAGCAUGCACGACGAAGAAUUCGAAUCAAGUAAUUCAAAUGAUUGAAGCUGCAGCUGCCUGCAUUACCAGUGAAGAAUCGCGCAGGCCCGGGAUCUUAGAGAUCAUUGCAAUAUUGAAAGGUGAAGAACAGCCUAUGCCCUCCAGAUCAAAGAGGUCAGGUUUCUUGGGGCAUGGAUGUGUCACUGAUAGCUAUUCUCAGUUUCAAAAUACGAACAGCGAGAUGAUGACGGGUCAUUUGGCGUUGGCCAUGGCGGGACUAACCGAGUUCGAACAAGAUGAUUACCUCUUCUGUCGUUAAAAAGGUUACAAAAACAUGCGAUGAGGUACUGAAAUAAGGAGAGUGGUUUUGUUGGCUGAAUCAAUAAGAUUAGAGUAUUGAAAGAGUGGUGAGACUGUAAAUAGGCUCAUUUUGUACAGAACACUUCCAUGUAUUUUUCCCCAUUUUCCAUGGAGGAAAUAUUAUUAAUCUUCACUGAAAGAUUCAUGUGUUAUACUA